AUGGGUCGGAUUGCUGCAUUGUGUGUGUUUUGUAAGGAAAAACCAGGGAUUUACAAGAAAGUAUGUUGUGCCUCACCAUUUUGCAGUGUUGUAUGCGGUAAAAUAACUGGUUGUUGCAGAAAAAAUAAUAAGGAUGUCAUAUUGCCUCCUGAAGGUGAUGUAACUGGCACUAAUACCACCGGAGUUGCCAACGCCGCUAGAAAUAAUGCAGAAAUUGAUUACCCCGUCAAGGAAUUGAGUGAUAAAGAAAAGUGGGAACUAGGCAAUAAUGAAAAAUUGGUAAAGAUGCUAAAAGAUACCGUGGUACAGUGUAUUUUGGAAAAGAUUGCAAAAUCUACCAUAACUGGAAAUGAAACUUCUACAUUGUCACAGUACGUCCGAGACCCGGAAUUUAUGGCAAUAGCGGACGAGAUAGUUAUGACUAUUGAGAAAGCUAAUGCUAGUAGUUAA